GGGGCCAGGCUGCUGGCGGGGGGCCCAGCACAUAACUCGGCGCGGUCGCCGUCUGGGGCAGCAGACACCCAGCCGCUCCGAGCUGAACUGGCAGCAUGAAGGCCCUCCUGGCCCUGCCGCUGCUACUGCUGCUGCUCUCCACUCCCCACUGUGCCCCCCAGACCCCCUUGAUCCGAGGAGAUGCUCUGGAGAAGUCCUGCCUUCAGCAACCCCUGGACUGCGAUGACAUCUACAGCCAGGGCUACCAGACCGAUGGCGUGUACCUCAUCUACCCCGAGGGGCCCAGCGUGCCGGUGCCCGUCUUCUGCGACAUGACCACUGAGGGUGGGAAGUGGACGGUUUUCCAGAAGCGAUUCAAUGGCUCAGUGAGUUUCUUCCGGGGCUGGAACGACUACAAGCUGGGCUUCGGCCGUGCAGAUGGGGAGUACUGGCUGGGGCUGCAGAACCUGCACCUCCUCACGCUGAAGCAGAAGUACGAGCUGCGAGUGGACCUGGAAGACUUUGAGAACAACACGGCCUAUGCCAAGUACGCCGACUUCUCCAUUGCGCCCAACGCAGUCAGCGCGGAGGAGGACGGCUACUCCCUCUAUGUGGCAGGCUUCGAGGACGGCGGGGCAGGCGACUCCCUGUCUUACCACAGCGGCCAGAAGUUCUCCACCUUCGACCGCGAUCAGGACCUCUUCCUGCAGAACUGCGCUGCCCUCUCCUCGGGAGCCUUCUGGUUCCGAAGCUGCCACUUCGCCAACCUCAAUGGCUUCUACCUGGGUGGCCCCCAUCUCUCCUACGCCAACGGCAUCAACUGGGCCCAGUGGAAGGGCUUCUACUACUCCCUCAAGCGCACGGAGAUGAAAAUACGCCGGGCCUGAGGCCUGGCCCCAAGCCCCUGCUCCUGGCUGCUGGCCUCCAGGAGCGCUCCCCUUGCUGGGCCUGCGCCCCCCUGCACCCCUCCCCCAUCAGCUCUGCUUCUCACAGGGCUUUAUGGCUCAGCUCACCUUCACACCAGGCGUCCACCCGAGCCAGGCCUCUCCCCCUCCACCUGAGGCGAAGCUGCCAACCAGUUCCCAGGCCUCCUCUGCCUCCGCCCAACACCGAGCCAGGAGCUGCUCGCCCAGGCGGCAGGCUGGUGUUCCCCUUAGCCAGCCUCCUUCCCGCGGCUCAUCUGCCGGGGCGCGCCUGGCGUGAUCCGCACCCCAAGUACGCCAGGCCACCUGCGUGGCCGCCAUCACACACCCUAGCAACCCCCCUGGCUGUUCUCAGAGCGUCUCACCCUUAGCUUCCUCCUCUAGUGGUGAGCACCGUGGGCCCCUCGCCCCAUCUAUCACCUCAGCUUCUCCGCUUCCUGUCCCAGGCCCCCAAAGUGUAUUUCACCACAGCUCCUGCACGCACCCCAAACAGCCACAACCCGGGCAGGCAGAUGAGGUCGGGCCACCGGAGCACAGGCCGCCGUGGGAGGCUGGAAGCAGGCGGGGGAGGAGGUCUCAGCCUCAGGAGGGCGAGUGGGCUGUGGAGGUUGUACAUGCAACUGCAUCUGUUGGCUCUCAACGUGGGGCCUGGCUCCUCCUUCCCCUUUCUAACAGCACCCGCCCUCCACUCCAAAGACACGCGGAGUUAGCACCAAAGGGAAACUUCUAUUUCACAGGCCUCAUUUUUAUGGCAAAGAGAACGACUAAUAAAAUUACAUAAUAAAAAUA